AGCGAAGCUGUGUGCCCAGGGUUCGCGCCCUGGUUGUGUUGCCCACCUAAGGAGCUGGCCCAGCAGGUGAGCAAAGUAUUCAACGUCUACACCGACGCCACGCCUCUGCGCGUCGCCCUGGUCACCGGGCAGAAGUCGCUGGCCAAGGAGCAGGAGAGCCUCGUCCAGAAGACGGUGGACGGCUUCCGCUGCCUGGCUGACAUCGUGGUGGCCACUCCCGGCCGCCUGGUGGACCACGUGGACCAGACCCCGGGGUUCAGCCUCCAGCACCUCCGCUUCCUGGUCAUCGACGAGGCCGACCGGAUGAUAGACAGCAUGCACCAGUCCUGGCUCCCCCGGGUGGUGGCGGCGGCCUUCCCUGGGGAGGGUGCCAAGGACCCCUUCGCUCUGCUCCAGAGACGGCAGCCCCAGGUUGUGACCGCUGCCAGCACCUGCUGCCCUCAGAUGCCUCUGCAGAAGCUGCUCUUCUCGGCCACGCUGACCCAGAACCCCGAGAAGCUGCAGCAGCUGGGCCUGCACCAGCCCUGGCUCUUCUCCACGCGGCCAGCGCGCGGGGGUCCCAGGGACACUGAUGAGGACGCGGACUCGGGUGGGAAGUACACCUUCCCUGCGGGGCUCUCGCACCACUAUGUGCCCUGCCGCCUGCGCGCCAAGCCCUUGGUCGUCCUGCACCUGAUCCUGCACCUGGGUUUCUCCAGGAUCCUCUGCUUCACCAACUCCCGGGAGAACUCCCACAGGCUCUUCCUGCUCGUCCAGGCGUUUGGAGGCGUGACGGUGGCCGAGUUCUCCUCCCGCUACGGGCCCGGCCAGAGGAAGGGGAUCUUGAAGCAGUUUGAACAGGGAAAGAUUCAGCUCCUCAUCAGCACAGACGCCACCGCCCGCGGCAUCGACGUGCAGGGGGUGCAGCUGGUGGUGAACUACGAUGCCCCCCAGUACCUGCGGACCUACGUGCACCGGGUGGGAAGAACUGCUCGUGCUGGAACACCGGACAGGCCUUCACGCUGCUCCUCAAGUGCAGGAGAGGAGGUUCCUCCGAUGCUGACUGAAGCCGGGGUCCCCGAGCUGGAGCGCACGACACCCCCAGCGAGCUCCUGCAGCCGCUGGUCCCGCAGUACGAGGAGGCCCUGUCCCAGCUGGAGAGGGCCGUCAAGGAAGAAUGGAGGCAGAAGGCAGCCUAGGCCGGGCUCUGAGGACAAUGGGACCGAGCCUGGGCGGACAGGCCUCCUGGAGGAGCCCCAGCGCACUGCCUGCUCAGCCCACGCCCGGGCGAGGCCCUUCGUCACGGCACCAGGCCUGGCCAGAGGCGGCCAAGCACACACGGGUCCGCCUCUGAUCAGUCGCUCCUCUGGGGCUGGAGCGGAUGGUUCGGACGGGCCCAGAACCGACAGGUGGCCUCUGUCCUGUGGGUGAGGUUGGCCCUGAGCCGAGUUUUGGACUUCAGCUCGUCUACGCCUCAGUGUGCCCCCAGCCUUACGUUAGCCCCCACCGCGCCGCGUGCAGAGUAACGAGCGCGAGGCUCUGGUGACUGACUGAAAACCGGCUCCCGAGCUCCGACCCACUGCUCGUGCUGACGCGGAGGCGGACUCAAGAAGGGACGCGCUGGUGUCUACCUCUGCGCCGAAGGUCAUGGUUCACUCGAGCAGAACAGCUGGUCCCAGGCUCUCGGGUGGACACGGCAGGGACGGGUCAGGAGGCAGAGGCACUGGGCCCUCAGCAGAGACCGUCCGCGUCCCGGCGCUUGUACUGAGCCAGCUCACUGGCCUCGCAGUCCCGCCCACCACCCCUGGCACGCAGGCCCGGGGCACAGGGCCGACGGAUGGAGCCGCCAAGCGUGGAGCCGGCUCGCUCGUGCUCUGGCAUCUGGCAUGCAGGCCCCUGCAGCCAUCACGCCGCCUCCCUCAGCGGGGGCCUUGAGCCUGGUGGGGGCCUGCGUCUGAAUUGAGGCUGCUGGCUCGGGGCCUGGGCCAGCCCGGAACCCAGUGUGUGCGCUGCCUUCUGUGCGGCCGCGGGAAGCACCUGAGCCUGAAGGUGGGGGGCCCUCUUGCAGGACGACGCUGCUCUCCAGGUCUGAGGAAGGCUUCCCUCUGAUUUCCUGAACAUUCUUAUUCGUGAACAGAGCUUUGGCUUUGCCUUGUAACCAAAGGCCUAUUAAAGUGAUUUCCCCGACAAAAAAAA